AUGCUCAAACUCAACUGGACAGACCUCCAACACAACCUAUUUCUGUUGACGUUUGAUAACAAACUUGGGCUCGCGCCCCCGAACGAGCCAGACUCAAGUGUCCAACAUGUGCUCGAUAUUGGGACAGGUACGGGGAUCUGGGCUGUAGAAUUCGGAGAGGACCAUACUGACGCCGAGGUACUUGGCAUGGAUCUUUCCCCAUCGAUGCCUGGAUUCGUCUCACCCAACGUCAAGUUCUAG